CUUACAUUUUUUAUUAUCUAUUUAUUUGUUUAUUUUUACUCUCGGAAAGAUUAUUCCUAUAUUUACUUCAGCUAAAAUUUAAAAGAGUGCAGCAGCCUUCUUCUAAGAACAUUAAGAAAAAAAAUAUUAGUUUGAACCCAUACUUACUAACAUUUCCGAUUCUUUUGACUGCUAAGGCUCCUCCAAACCAAACUACAUAUAUAAUUGAUAAUCUAGUACAAAUUUCGACCAUAAUUUCACCACUAAUGACAGCAAAAGGAGUAAUGGAGUAGCGUCAUUCAAACUCUGUAGUACUGCAGUGUUAAUUUUUCCCCAAUAAAACAUCAAAGGUAACUCAACCAAGGAAGCGAGAGAGAAGUAAAAAAAAAAAAAUCAGCCUGCCAUAAGAAGCAAGGGAGUUAAAAAAAACAGUGACGUGGUCUUGUGGGAAGAGUGUUGGGUUCCUGUGUGAUAAGGUGAUUAAGGUGAUAGCAGAGAGGGGGGGCUUCACGAUGGGCGCCACAGCCAGAAUUGAUCAGAGGGCAGGGGGAGAUGAAAGCCCGCCAGACUGUACUGUAUCUUGGGGUUCACAAUAAGAAGGCGUGACACAUGUUUGCUUUCUGAGUGUGUCUGAGGGCGGGUGACACUAGUAUUAGAACAGACUCUUGAGGCGUCCCAGCGACCAUGGCCACAGUUAAGUACACCACGCCGUCCCCUUUCACGGAGAAGCAGAGUGCCCACGUGACGGACUACAGGCAUCAGGGGUACCUCAUCGGCGCAGGGCUUGCCACGGAGAGCAAGAAAUACAACAACCCGGUGGCCGAAGAUCUCAAGGUCGUGAACGUGGCGCUCUUCGCUCUGGGCCGCGCAGGUUCCAUCCACCUCAAGAACAUCAUGAGGAGCCCGCGCAUGUGCCUCAAAUAUGUGGUGGAGCUGAAUCGUGCCAAGAUGCAGGCGGUGGCUGAGGAGUGGCGGCUGACGGAGGAGCAGCUGGUGAAUCCCGAAGACGACGAGAAAGUCUUUAAAGAUCCCAGUGUACACGGCAUCAUCAUCGCCACGCCCACUUACUUGCACAAGGACCUGGUGAUGCGUGGCCUGCAGGCGGGGAAGGCAGUGUUCUGCGAGAAGCCCAUCGCUGAGGACCUGAAAGACACGAGAGAGUGCUACCAGCUUGCGCAAAAGGUGGGCCGGCCGCUGCUCUGUGCCUUCAAUCGGCGGUUCGACCCGAGUUUCAGCCACCUGCGGCAGGAAGUGCACGGUGGGGCGGUGGGCAGAGUGCAGAUUGUUAAGACGGUGGCCCGUGACUCUCCGGUGCCGUCUAUAGAUUAUCUCAAAAUAUCAGGAGGGAUUUUCCACGACUGCGCGGUGCACGACAUUGACCUGACGUGCUGGGUGCUGGGCGAGUACCCGACCCACGUGUUCGCCUCGGCCACCGCCUUCCUGCCCGAGGUGGCGGCCAUCAACGACCAUGACACCGUUGCCUUUACCAUGAAGUUCCCGUCCGGCGCUCUCUCCAUGACGGAUCUCAGCCGCAACGCCGCGUAUGGAUACGACCAGCGGCUGGAGGUGUUUGGGCCGAAGGGCAUGGUGGCGGCGGGCAACGAGCGUCCCUUCCCGAUGACCACUUCCACCGUAAAGGGCGAGACGCAGCCGCCCGUGUACCACUCCUUCCCGUCCCGCUACCAGCAGGGCUACAUCAGGGAGAUGGACCACUUCUGCGACGUUAUCCAGGGCCUCGACGACCUCAGUGUGACCGCGGAGAACACGCUCCGGGUGACCAGCAUUGCCUCGACGCUGGAGAAGUCUGUCAUCUCGGGCAAGAUGGAGCAAGUGGUGUACUGAGGUGUGGGUGGCCGCUAGCCAGCUGUCCUAGACGUGGAUGUACCACUACUACUGCUGCUACUGCUAGCCACCACCACCACCACCACCACCACCACUACUACUACUGUUACAACAACAACAACAACAACAACAACAACAACAACAACAACUACUACUACUACUACUACUACUACUACUACUACUACCACUACUACUACUACUGAAGCAUACCAUUAAUACAAUAAUAACAACAACAACUGCUACUAAUACUACCACUUCUACUGCCACUGAAAUUAUAUUUAUAUUAAAUAUUAUAGCAUAAUGCCGCUCGCGUGUAACAAUCCUGUGUCGAAAAUAAACCACCGAUGAGGA